AUGAGCGCGCCCGCGCCCGCGCCCAAUGGCCGCCCUUUCGCACGCAGCUCGCGCAACAGCCCCUUUGCGAGAAACACAUCUACCCCACCGCCGGGCACAGACACCGCUAGUCGCCCCAAAUCCGCCCUCUUCUCAUCGCCUUUCGCAGAAGCGGAGCCGGCCAUGGGUCACCUGCGCAACCGCUCUCUUACCAACCUCAGCGGCUCUGUAGUGAGCCGCAGCGACUCGGCCCGCCUGCGCUCCAAUUCGAACCGAAACAGCACACCUGCCGGCACCUUUGCGCCUCAAUUCAUCUCGGAAGACGACGAGCCCCCUCGCCUAGGCGGAAUCGUUGAAGGCGAGAAUGACUUCUCGGGCAAACGCUAUGUCUGGCUUAGAGAUCCAACAACGGCCUUUGUCCGGGGAUGGAUUGUACAGGAUCUGCCGGAAGGAAGAAUCUUGGUCCAAUGUGACAAUGGCACCCAGCAAGACGUCGAUGCCGACGCCAUUGAUAAGGUCAAUCCCGCCAAAUUCGACAAGGCCGACGAUAUGGCGGAACUCACACAUCUCAACGAGCCCUCGGUCAUCCACAACCUUCACAUGCGUUACCAGGCAGAUCUUAUAUAUACAUAUUCCGGCCUGUUCUUGGUCACAGUCAACCCAUACUGCCCAUUACCAAUCUACUCGAGAGAGUACAUCAACAUGUACCGCGGGCGGAGCAGAGAAGAGACCAAGCCACAUAUUUUCGCCAUGGCCGACCAUGCUUUUCGGAACCUCAUAGAGGAGGGCACUAACCAGAGCAUUCUCGUGACCGGCGAGUCUGGCGCUGGUAAGACUGAGAACACGAAAAAGGUCAUCCAAUACUUGGCCGCAGUCGCCAAUACCGACACCCCACGCGGCAAGUCUGGGGGACGCAAUCUCUCCAAUCUGUCCGAGCAAAUCCUACGAGCGAACCCGAUUCUCGAAGCCUUCGGAAACGCGCAAACGGUGCGGAAUAACAAUUCGUCUCGUUUCGGAAAGUUUAUCAGAAUCGAAUUUUCUCGCACUGGACAGAUUGCCGGCGCAUACAUUGACUGGUAUCUACUGGAAAAGUCGAGAGUAGUGCGGUUAAACUCCAAUGAGCGCAAUUAUCACGUCUUCUACCAACUGCUGCGCGAGAAGGUUCAGACACCCGAGCAAGUCAACCUCUCUAUUGACGCACUUGCCAAGGGUAUCUAUGAGCGUGGCUUCGGCGACCUUGUCGAUCGUAUCAACUAUCAGUUGGAUCAAACUGGUGCUGGUGCAGAUGAUUCACACUUCAUUGGUGUUCUCGAUAUCGCCGGUUUCGAAAUCUUCGACGAGAACAGUUUUGAGCAACUUUGCAUCAACUACACCAACGAGAAGCUGCAACAAUUCUUCAAUCACCACAUGUUCGUUUUGGAGCAAGAAGAAUACGCACGGGAGCAGAUAGAAUGGAAGUUCAUUGAUUUUGGCCGCGAUCUCCAGCCCACUAUCGACCUCAUCGAGCUACCAAACCCUAUCGGAAUCUUCUCCUGCUUAGACGAAGACAGUGUCAUGCCCAAAGCCACCGACAAGAGCUUUACGGAGAAGCUUCAUUCGCUAUGGGACCGCAAGAGUACGAAGUACAAGCGCUCACUUCUAACCCAGGGCUUUGUGCUCACGCAUUACGCUGCAGAGGUAGAGUACUCAACAGAGAACUGGCUGGAAAAGAACAAGGAUCCAUUGAACGACAACGUCACGCGUCUUUUGGCUGGUUCUGCCGACAAGCAGAUUGCUCAUCUCUUCGUGGACUGUGCAGAGACAGACGACGAAGUUGGCGGAACUCGCAGCCGCGUCAAGAAAGGGCUGUUCCGAACGGUCGCUCAACGCCACAAAGAGCAACUCUCAACGUUGAUGACUCAGCUUCACUCCACACAUCCUCAUUUCGUUCGUUGCAUUCUCCCAAAUCACAAGAAGCGGCCAAAGCAAUUCAGUGCUCCUCUCGUCCUCGACCAACUGCGUUGUAAUGGUGUACUGGAAGGUAUCCGUAUCGCACGCACAGGUUUUCCCAACCGCCUUCCUUUCGUGGAAUUCCGCCAAAGAUACGAGGUUCUUUGCAGGGACCUUCCCAAAGGCUAUCUCGAGGGUCAAGUGGCAGCUAGCAUGAUCUUGGAGAAGCUUAACCUUGACAGAUCCUUAUACCGUGUAGGUAUUACAAAGGUUUUCUUCAGAGCUGGUGUUCUCGCCGAACUAGAAGACCAGCGGGAUGCUCUCAUUCGCGAUAUUAUGAUUCGUUUCCAAUCCGCGGCUCGUGGAUUCGUGCAACGCCGUUUGGCCCACAAGCGCCUCUACCGAGCUGAAGCGACACGCAUCAUUCAGCGAAACUUCCAGGUCUACCUUGAUCUUCAAUCGAACCCAUGGUGGAGACUAUUUGCCCGUAUGAAGCCUAUGCUAGGAGCGACGCGCCAAGCAGCCGAAGUCAAGAAGCGCGACGAGAUGAUACAACAACUCGAGGAAAAGAUGCAACAAGAGGCUGCAGAAAGACAGCGCGUUGAAGAUGAGCGAAGACGCGCGGAGAUGGACAUUCAACGUAUCCAAAAGACUCUUGAAAGCGAACGUGCCCUUGCAUUAGACAAAGAAGAGAUCUUCAAGCGUCUUCAGCUGCGCGAGGCGGAGCUCUCAGAGAAGCUCGCCGGAGCCAUCGAGGACCAAGACCAGCUUGAGGAUCAGCUGGAUGCCCUGAUGGAGGCGAAGAAGAAGACCGAGGAAGAGGCUGAGCAUUUGCGCAGGGAGCUCGAACAAGCCGGGCAGAUCAUCAGCAAGCUCGAGGGCGAAACACAAGAGCUAGAAGAGCAGGCGCGGCGAUUGGACGAACAACUCAAGGAACUCGAAGUGAUCAAAUCUCAGCGCAGUCAGGCGGAAGAAAAACUAGGCCAGGAGAUAAAGAUGCUCACGAGUCAUCUAGCCCUAAAGGAACGAAAGCUCCAGGACCUCGAAGCGAAACUCCUCAAGACUGACCAAGAUCUUGACAUCAAGCUCGCAGCGUCCGUCAAGGAGGUGCAGGCCAGCAAGAAACAGAUCAAAGAACUCCUCGACGAGAACAGGCAGAUCCGUCAGCAGAUGGCUGAUCUCUCUUCAACGUCCACCAGCUACGAGGAUCUCAUCAGGCGUAAGGAAAGUGAGCUGGCAAUUCUCAAGACUGAUCUCAAAAACUACGAAAACGACCGUCGGCUGUUUGAUGAUGAAAAGCGAACGUUGGCCUCCAAGCACGACGAUCUACAGAGCCGCCUGCGGGAGGCUAGAGCUGAACUAGAUGCUGUACGCUCGCAAAAACAACAACUAGAACGAGAAGCUGCCGAUGCGAAGCGACUCCUUGAAGAGAAGAUAACUGAGGAUGCACAGUAUAGCGAGGGCAGGAAGCUACUCGAAGAGCAGAUAGAGAGCCUCAAAGUCGAGCUGUUUGCAGUACAAAAGGAUCUGAGUCGAGAAAGGCAGUCCCGCGACGACGUCGAAAUGCUUGGUGAGCACAAAUAUGACACACUAAAGCGCGACUACGAAGCUUUGAACGAAUCCAAGAUCACUAUCGAGAAGGAGAUGUAUGCUCAGCAGGACGUUUUACGACGAGCCACCGAAACUCGCACUGCCCAUGAAAAGGAGCGAAAGGAAUAUCAGACUGAGCUACGCAGCCUACGUGAGAAGUAUCUGAAGCUGGAGGAAGAGAAGCUCGAUGCCGACGCUGCAGCAGAACGCGCGCAGUCCAAACUUGCCAUGGAACGACAAACCAUCCAGCAACGCGAGCUUGAAGAAAAAGACCAGCAACUUGACCAACUUGAGGCAGAGCGCAACGAACUGGCUGAGCAAGUCAACAAUUUAACCCAGAUGCUCGCGGACUCUGAUUCGUUCAAGGAGCGUAACGACCAGCAGAAAGAGCGCCUCGAACGGGAGAUAGUUACCAUUAAGGGGCGACUGACUGCAUCGGAGAACGACAACCGCGCACUCCUCAACAAGCUUCAACAGAAGAACCUGGACAUCGCACGAACCAAUUCGCGAGCUGGUGAUACGCACCGUGUUAAGAUCACACAAUUGACACACGAGAAGGCCAAGGUCGAAGAGGAGAAUAAACGUCUGUUCGUUCAACUUGAGGAUGCGCAAAUCGCAAUUGCGUCUCUCGAGAAGCAGAAGGAGAAACUUUCACUGAGUCUCGAGGACCUGAAUCACGAGAUUGCGAGAGAGCAUAAGGCCAGCCGCAACGCAGAGAAUGCCUCCUCAACUUUGACUUUGCAACUCGCUGAGGUCAAUCGCAAGUUGGAGACUGAGCGACAACUACGCACACAAGCUCAGGCCAACGCACGCGCGGUUCAAACGACGCUCGACACUACAAACAGCGAGUUGGAAGACUGCCACCGACAGCUCGUGCUUCUUCGUAAGGUCUUCGAUCCAGAAUCGGCCGACGUUGCCAUCACCUACGAAGCUGCAAAGCCCGAAAUCGCAAAAACAGUCAACCUUGCGGAGCGUCUGGAGGCUGCCAAUCAAGCUUUGCGUGUAGCAGGCGAGCGAUAUACACGUGCUGAGGCUCAGCUCGAAGAGCUCCGAGAAAGACAUGAAGGCGAACUCAACGACAUGGACGCCCGUCAUGCUAGCUCCAAGCGUGCGCUGUUGGAAGAGAUGAACAGCAGUCAGGUCAAUCAACCCAAUGCUCAUCGAUCGCCGACACACGCCCGGAAGGACAGUGAAAACAGGCGGCCAUUCUCCAUCACAAACACUCCAACGAACCAACGCCAUAUCAACCAUGUGGCGAACGACUCAGCACGUUCCGACCGGACUGUCGACACUGUCGCUUUCAACAAUCAAAUGGACAUGGCUGCCGAACUCGAACUGGUACAGAACCAGCUGCAGAUGUCGGAAAUGCAGAACAAACACCUCCGAAGCCAGCUCGAAAGCUCCCCUGCCCGGAACGGAUGGCAGGAUGACAGUCCUUCUGUUCGACGCGUACAGAAACUUGAGCGUGAAAACUACCGUCUGCAUGAUAUGCUCGAUGACUCAGCGACGAAGGUUUCUGCUCUUGAACAAAGUCUUCGUUCCGGUCAGCUCUCUUACCAGGAAGUUCAGACAAAGUCCCAUGAACAACUGUUUGAUCUGUUGACGUCACAAGAGAAGUCGCGGAAAUCUAUUGUGCAUGCUCAUAAUGCAGCCAUCAACGAACUCGCAGACGCAAAGACAGCCUUCGAUGACAUCAAGCAAUCGAAAGUGUCUCUGGAGGCCGAACUUCGCGAGAUGCAGAUUGAACUUGAAGAGGUCAUCGCCGAACGCGAGCAGGAGCACGCCAAUCACAAUCAGCUACUCCAGGAGUUUGCUGAUCUCCAAAUUCGUCUGGAUAACGAAACGUCCACUCUGGUCGAUGUCCAAUCAAGCUUGAGCUUGUACAAGAGCAGAGCCGAUGAGUAUUUCAGUAAGCUGGAACAGGCAGAGAUCGCUGUUCUGAGAGCGUCACGGGCAGAGCAAUUUGCCAAGUCGCAAGCGCGAGAAGCUGAAGAAACAUGCGCGGCGAUCAUGGCCGAGCGAAAGGAGAUGGACAGUAUGGUGGAAGAUCUUCAGCGAACUGUUCAGCGGUACGACGAACGCGUGGAAGACCUCUCGACAGAUCUAGAGACAGCCCUGCAAGCUAAGAAACGACUCCAGAACGAGCUCGAGGACUACAGAAGUCAGCACGCUCACGAUGUUGAAGAUAGCGAGACUUCUCUAGAACAGACAAGGAAGAAGUACCAGUCUGAACUCGCAUCGCUCACUCAGGAGAUCGACCAAGAGCGAGAGAACGUCAUCCUCGUGCGCGAAGAGAAUGGUCGACUACGGGAAGAAAUUGAGGAGCUGAGGAAUAAGUGGGACGACGAACUCCUGAACUCUUCCACAUGGGCAAAGGAGAAGAGCCGUCUUGAGAUGACUCUGCAGACUAUCUCUGACUCACGCGACGAGGCUGCAAAUGCGCAUAAUGAGGCGCAAUCCAAGAUUGUCAGCCUGUUGUCGCAAGUCCGUACGCUGCGUACAAAUGUCGACGACCUUGCGGCAGAGCGCGAUUCCGCUAUCGAGGAGAAGAAACGCCUCGAAUCUCGUCUCCAAGAGGCCGCAGAUGCUCUUGAUGAUCUAUCUCGCUCGGAAUCUCCGGCUAUGCGUAACGCCGCUGCCUACGACCGUGACCUGUUGGAGCUGAAGUCGGGGCUGGCACAGCAAGAAGACAUUACUGCUGCUGCAGUGGGUAAGAUGCGGCGCGCAGAGGCCCUUGCACAAGAGCUGCAAAAGGAUAUUGUGGCCGAGAGAGAGGCGAACGUGAAGCUUCACAAAGACAAAGCUGCAGUUGAGAAGGCUCUCAAGGAUCUCCAGCUCCGCCUUGUGGAUCUUGAAACCAAGGGCUACAGCGGAUCAGCUGGCAAGGACGUCCGGUUCCUCAACGGACGUAUUCAAGAGCUCGAAAAGGCCCUUGAAAACAGCGAAUCUACCCGCCUUUCCGAGUCUCGCAGUGUCCGCAACGUGGAUCGUACGGUCAGGGACCUGCAAACACAGAUCGAGCGUCGCGACAAGCAGAACGCCGCUGUUGUAGAAGACCUCAACAAGUCUCGCGACAAGAUUUCUAACCUUCUCGCUACCAUCGAUGAUUUGCAGUCUUCUGACUCUACAAAUCAACUCGCCGCUAAGCGCGCCGAACGUGAACUUCGCGAAGAACGCGAGAAGACCCUACGCCUUGAGCGUGAAUUGGAGGCCUUGAAGAACUUGCGUACAGACCGUCGCAGCAUUCUCGGCGUCCCUGGCGUAGCGGGCAGCGAUGCUGGCGACAAUCGCUCCAGGAGAGGUAGCUCCAUUGGUCUGCUCAUGGGCGAGAUGGGGGAAGCAGCCGCCAACGACAAGGGCAAAUUUGGCAGUCUCCGCUCCGGCCUCCGACGUGUCAGUGGUCAGAAGGGUUUUUUGUAG